UCCAUCAACUUCUACCCUAACCAUCACCUUCAAUUACGCUAUUGCUUUUUCAACUGGCAACAUCACAAUCUACAAAGCCUCGGAUAAUAGCAUUAGACAAAGAGUUUCUGCAACUAUGAAUAAUUUCUGCAAAAUUACUAAAGAUGGUUUUAAUGUUAGUAUAAAAGUCAUUGCUAGCACAUUCAACGAGUAUGGCGAACAAUAUUUUGUGACGAUGGAUAAUAAUUUUGUCAAAGAAAAUAGCCGACCUUUAAAAGGAAUUAAUGAUGGUAUUUGGAUUCUUAAGUCAGAUGAAAGCAUUAAAGUAGUUAUAGGCUCAGUACGUCUUACUAUAGAUGCUUCCAAAAACUUCUCAGUCCUCUCAAAAGAUAAUCAAUCAGCAUACUUUGAUACUUUAUUGAAUGAACUUGCUGAUAAAGUGCCAAUACAUCGUUCUCACUUAAGCUCAAAUAAUAGAUUCUAUAAUAGAUUCUAUAAUUUGCUUUAUGAUCAAAUCGUUAUUUUAAUUCGUAUAAAUAGAGCUAAUAAUGAAACUGAAAGGACUGCUUCUGAGGCAUCUUCAGAUUUAAACAAUAUGAUUAUUUACAAAAAUAUCACUGCCUUCUCUUUCGGUGUGACAAAUGAUUUAGACCAAGAUUACGGCUUUACAUCAUUUAGUAAUGCAUGGAAUGAAUACACAGUACAAAUAAUUGUCGAAAUUUUGAUUUUUUUAAUACUCUAUUUAGUAUCUCGUAUAUUAAGUUAUAAGUUAAAAUUGAAAGAAUUAGAGGCAAUAAGUUCCGCAAUAUUAGUUCUUGGAUUGAUCAUCCCUAAUUUUAUUCUUUCAAGUUUCUUUGUUGCUUACAAUUCUAAUGAUGUAUUGGAGCUUUACUGGCCAAGGAAUAUUCCACAGAUUAUUAUCCAAAGCAUUGAUAAUUGCAUUAAGGAAUUUCAAUUUAAAGCUACUGCAUUUGAAAAA